ACGCACGGGUAAUGGGCGGGCGGGCGCGCACGCUCACUGACCUUCUAGCGCUCGCCUGGACUUGCGAUCCGACCAUCCCGUCACAGCGCGCGCAUUGGUGAUAGAGCGACGUUUCCAUAUCGCCAAUCAAUGUCAAAGGUCCUCUCGCGGAGUUACUUGCACACCCUACUCGGGCUCCAUUGCGACGCAUACAUCCGAUUUGCAGUCUUCUGUCGCACCUUCGCUAGGCGUCCAAGCUAGGGUCUCCGCCGGGCAAUACACGUCGCGCACGAGUCCACACACUACGACGGGCUCCUCAAGAUGAGCAUGACCGAGUCUCAAAUGACAGGCGAGCCGUACACGAGCCGAUCGGCAGUAGAAGCCGGCGCUACGGGAGCAGCUAUAGGCGGAGCUGGAGGGCUUCUCCUCUCUUCCGUCAAGAACAGUCUUCAAACGCACAAACAUGGCGCACUAGGUGUCUUUACCAGGACCGGUCAUCACAUCGCAACUUUGGCAGCCGUGGCUGGCGCUUUUGCUUAUACGGACGCUUUUGUGGCUAAUCAGCAAGAGGAGGACACGUAUCUGAAUGCGGCUGCGGGUGGUUGCGUGGCUGGUAUCAUCCUCGGAGCUAGCAGACGAUCUCUACCCUUUGCUGCAGGAUCCUGUCUAGGUCUUUCUGCCCUUCUCGGAUCCUUCAACGCAGCGGGCUCAAGUCUUCGAGGUAGAUGGGCGCACGCUUCUCCAUUGGACGCGGCAGCUCUCGGAGGUUCUGAGCAACAUGGCGAUCACGGCGCUGCAGCUGGCUCUUUCGGAUGGAGAGAAGAGCGCGAAAGGAGGCGCGCACACUUCUUCAAGCCAAAGGAAGAGGCGCAAUAGAUGCGCAAACACAUCGACCCAUUGACAGCGCAAGAGUUCCCAAACGCAUACAAUCACACACGCAAUCGAUGUCUUCGCUAGAGGCCAAGGGACGCAACAGCAGCAAUUGCGCGCGUAACGAUCGUUUGCGGACGAGUGUGCAAAGCAGGAGAUCGAGAGUUCGCUGCUCAUCGAGCACUUGGUGCUUCGGCUCAGGCAGCGACCUAGCUUGCACGCUCCGAGCUGAGCUUGCCACGGCUGAUGUCUGGACGCGAAAAACUGCUCCAUGAGACUACUCGCAGCAGCAAUUGACCGCU